UAAAAUUUAGUUAAUACCUUUUAAAAAAUAGUUGGCGACACUGAAGCGUGGAUUCUUUUCAUAUAACCUAGAAAUUCGCUUGGUUUACGUUUUGUUAAUUUGAUUGUUAUUUUUACAAAAUGUCGAAAGCACACCCCCCAGAAUUAAAAAAGUUCAUGGACAAAAAGUUGCAGCUUAAAUUAAACGGCGGCAGAAAUGUUAGCGGCAUCUUAAGAGGUUUCGAUCCCUUCAUGAACCUUGUGGUCGACGAAUGUGUUGAGGAAUGCAAAGACGGAUCCAAAAACAACAUUGGCAUGGUUGUUAUUCGAGGUAACAGCAUCAUUAUGUUGGAGGCUUUGGAUAGGAUUUAGCAUAGUUUAAUUAAUAUAGGGAUGUAAUAUUACUAAUAUUUAAGUAAACAAAUUUAAUAUA